GUCUCAAUAGCUUUAUAAUAAUGAUAAAUGAUUCUCUCAUAUCGUAAAUAUUGGUUCAAACUUAUUGGGAAAAAUAUCAAUGUAAUGAGAAUAUUAGAUUCUCUCUUACCUAUUGUAUUCGUCGCUUUAUCUCGAGUGAUUAUCAUUUGCAAGAUACUUUUAAAAAGACUUCUCAGCUAAAACACUUGUCUAAUUACUAAGAAAUCAAAAAAUAGAUAAAUGAGUAACACUUUCAUUUAAAAUAAUAUACAUAUUGAAUUAUUGAAUACUUAUAUAUAAUAUGAUAAUAUGCAGGAUGGUCGGAUUGAUUGAUCUUGUCCUAGGCGAAUCAACAUUGUUCUUCGGACUAAUUGCCCCAAUUUUUGAUGAUAAGAGGCAAUAUACCUUGCCUGCUCAAGUCUGGCUGCCCUACAAUUAUACGACGUCACCAAUAAUAUACUGGUUAACUUAUAUUAUGAAUUCCGUCUGUGCAAUAUCUAUAGCCAAUCUGUCGGUUGUCAUGGACGUUAUUAUCUAUGGGUUUAUGUUAAUCACUGGUUGUCUAAUCGAUUUACUCGAUAACCGGCUCGUUCAUUUAGAAAAAAAUAUGAAACAUUAUAGCACGGAGCAUCCCGUUACUUCAACAAGUGUAAAUCAAGAGGCGCGACUUCUAAAGCAAAUUAUUCACAAUCAUAUUUUCAUAUACGAGUUAGUAUAAUCUUACGGCAUU